AAUUUCACUUCUUGGCGUUCACAUCGAGCAACAUCGAGCAAACCAAAGCAAUCCAGCAACCAAAGCAACAACAUCGAGAGGAUCCUAAAACGUACUUCGAACAUUUGUCGCCGUUUCAUUGCUGUUUGCGAUUCCAUAAAUCGAGCAAUUAGUUUGUUAUAAAUCAAAGUUUGGCGCCGCACUUAUUGCCAAAUUCAUCCCAAACGCUAUUUGUUUAGCCAAAUCUCAUUCGAUUUCUCCUAUCCCAAAGCGUUCCAGCUCAAGCCCAAACUCAACAUGAUGAAAAUGGUGCAGGUUCUUUUGUGCUACGGUUUGUUGUUGACCAUGUUCUUUGCCCUGAACGAGGCUCGUCCCUCUGGCAACGAAGCAGCCACCGACACUGAUGCCCUGGAACAGCAGGAUGUGGAGGAUGUGCGCAAUGCUUAUGCUGGCUAUGAGAUGCCAGCUCAAGCCAUUUAUCCUAACAUUCCCAUGGAUCGCUUGCAGAUGCUCUUCGCCCAGUACAGACCCACUUAUAGCGCCUAUCUCCGCUCUCCUUCCUAUGGCAACAUGAAUGAGCUUUACCGUCUGCCCGAGAGCAAACGUCAAGUGAGAUACCGACAGUGCUACUUCAAUCCCAUCUCCUGCUUUAGGAAGUAAAUUCUUUAUAACGGAACCCAGCAAUAAGCAUACAAAAAAACAUAAAUAAAAAAAAAGAGAAACAACAAAACAAAGUCAGCCCUUGAUAAAUUAACAUUUCAAACAUUUCGACAACAACAACAAGAAAAGAACUUAGCAUAAAUCGAUAAUGCAAAUAUCUAGUGAAAUUAACUAAAGUUAAGACUCAAACUAUAUAAAUGUCUAUUAAACAACAAAAAUUGCUUCAUUGUAGUUACAACAAAAAAAAAAACCAACUAAUAAUAAUAAUGAAUAAAGUUUGCACACAAUUCAA